ACUCACAAACCCUUUCAUCUGCGCCUGAUUUCUCAGUUCUCACACUCAUUCCGUGCUCUAAAUCUCAAAUUCUAGGGUUAGGGUUCCCAAUUUCUCCGCCAAUCAGAAGAUGAGUUCCACCGGUGGUUCUACCAAGGGCGGAAGGGGCAAGCCCAAAGCCUCCAAAUCCGUUUCAAGAUCGCAGAAAGCUGGUCUCCAAUUCCCCGUUGGAAGAAUCGCUCGAUUCCUUAAGGCUGGGAAAUACGCUGAGCGUGUUGGUGCUGGUGCUCCUGUGUACCUCUCUGCAGUGCUCGAGUAUCUCGCUGCUGAGGUUUUGGAAUUGGCUGGGAAUGCUGCUAGGGAUAACAAGAAGAAUCGUAUUGUUCCUAGGCACAUUCAGCUUGCUGUGAGGAACGAUGAGGAGCUGAGCAAGCUUUUGGGAUCUGUUACCAUUGCCAAUGGAGGUGUCUUGCCGAAUAUUCAUCAGACUCUGCUUCCCAAGAAGGUUGGCAAGGGGAAGGGCGAAAUUGGAUCAGCUUCUCAAGAGUUUUAGGGUUUUUGUUAGGCCUAUUUGGACUAUAGUUUUUAUUUUAUUGCGGUUGUAAUAUACAUGUUUUGGUUAAUUUUUAGAUAUCUGCUCUGAGGAAUUAAGUGUUUCUCAGUCUUUUGAACUGGAUGGUGUAAUCUCACUUUUGAAUCGGAUGCGAAUAUGAAGUGGUAUUUGGAUUAUUUUUAAUGGGUUGUGAAUGAAAAUAACGUUACCUGUUGA